AUGAGUCAUUUUGCAAGAUUAGUUGAGUUGUUAAAUGAAAGUCCAAAAAAUUAAUAAAAUUCAGAAUUAAUCUAAUUAGUACAGAUACUCAUUUAAUUUUAAUUUCCUCAACAUACAUAUUAGAUGAUUUGUAAUUCUUUCUCCUUAUUGAUUGCUAAAACAGGAAAUGAAUAAAUUAAAUAAGUUGUAGAAGCUUUAUUGCAAUAUAUAAAUAAAAAGGGAUCAUUAAAAAGUAUUGCUUUGAAUUUACUUGUUACAUUAAUUCAAUUAACUAAAUAUGAAAUUCAAUCAUUCUCAUACACUUUAACUUAAGAUAUCACAACUACUUUAAUGAAGUUAUUAAAGAGUUCUGAUUAUCGUAUUUUGCUAUGUAAUGUAUUGUACUUUUUAAUUGAAUCAUAAAAGAUUGAAAUUCUUAAAAUAGCUUUGAAAUUUGCAUAAAAUGAAAAACUUGAAAUACUCUAAUAAACAGGUAUGUAAACACUAAUAUACUUAAUGUAAGAGGAAGUUAUAUCAGAACAAAUGUAUUUAAUAGCCUAGAAGUCUGAUGACUCUCCCUUAUUUUAUAAAUAUUUUUCUAGAUACUUAUUCUAACAAUAAAAUAUAGUGGCUUUAACAAAAAAAGAUAAAUUGAAAUCAUAAGUUUAACUUUAACCAAGAGAAUAAGCUUAAAAAAUAUUUCAACUUUUUGAUGAAAAUUUAUCUAAAUUUCCUUCAAAUAUAGUUGGGAACAUAUUCAUAGCAUAUAAAAAGUAAUCUUUAUUUAUUUAUUUAGAUAUUUGCUACAUGAAUUUAAAAAAUUAGGACUUUCUAUAGUUAGAGGAUCUUUUGAAAUUUCUUUUUCUUAUUUAGGAAGUAUGGCAUUAGAUGAUCCCUAUCUUCAUACAGUUUAUAAAAAGUAUAUAAUUAUUGAAUAAAUUAGAACAGUCAAUUUAUGUCUUUAUAUGGUUUAAUAAGUUCAAUUGAAUGAAAGAAAGGAUUUAUUAGAAUAUUUCUUUGAUAAGAUUUCUAAAAUAAAAACUUAAAAAUGGAAUGUUUAUAAUUAUAAAUUGCUUUUAAAAGGAAUAAAUUUCUUAUUUGAUACAUUAGGUUCAAAUGUUUUUGAUGAUAAAAGAUCAAAACCAUCAGAAUUUAUAGAUAUAUUAACUCCUAUUUUUAAAAUUAAUGAUAUUUUCUAACAUCCAAUGAGUAUUGAUAAACCAAUUUGUAUUAGUGUAAGUAGAAAUUUAUUCAAUACUUUUGAAUCUUUAUUUUAAGAGAAUAAAAAAUGGUAAUAAAGUAUUUUAUCAGCAUUAUUAAACUAUGCUAAAAUAACAUUAGCAGAAAUUAAUGUAAAAGAAACUAAUUAAUUAUUAAAUUAACUUAGAGUAUAAUGUGCAUUAUUAUCAAAAUUAUUCUCUUUGUUAGAUUUAUAAUUACAUUCAAUAUCAAGUGAAUUAAUAAAUCAUUUAUGGGAAACUGCAAAAUCAUUUUUAAAUAAAUCUUAAUAAUUAAGAAGAACUGGUUGGAUAAUAAUUGCUGAAUUAUUGAUGGUUCCAUAUUUUGGAACAACAAAUAAAGUUAAAGAAAUAGGAAUAUUAGUUGAAAAAAAUCUAACUUCUAAGGAAGAUAUAAAAGAUGAAUAAUAAUUAUUAAGUUAUUGUAGUGUAGGUCUAGUCAUUAUUUCAAUAUUAAAUAGUAAUACAUUAUCAAAAUAAAUUAAGGAUACAACUAGAAAGUUUUUUGCUUAAUAAACAAUUUUAAUGUUUAAUAAAUUAUAAUAAUGUAAGUUCGAUAAAUAAUCACCUUUUGUGAUAGCUUCCAAAUAUAUUUUUUAUUAGGCAAUCAGAUAAAUAAUACCAAAAUACUAUUCUAAUGAAUUAAAUACACUUGUAUAAUUUUGUCUUGAAGAUAUUAUAAAUGGAAAUUCAAUUUGGAAUUAAGUUAAUGUUCAUAAAAAUAAUCAUUAUGUUGAUGAACUUUUAGGAAUACCUAGAUCAGAAUUUUAAUUAGUUUUGGCAGCUAGUAAAUUUUUAGGUCAUAUUAUUUCUUCAUAAUCAUUUACACUUAAAAAUAAAAUAAAUUUUAUAAGAUAUGUAAAUGGUACUUUAUAAACAUAAGUUAUCAAUAUAAAAGAAGUUUAAUAGAAAUAAUCUAAAUAAUAAUGUUAUUUAUUUUGUCUUUAUUAAAUUGCUCUUAAAAUUUAUUAAGCUAAUACACUUGUAUCUCAAGAAUUUAAUGAACAAAUAUUUUAAGUUAUUAAUAUAUGUUAAUGUGUUGAUAAUUAAAUUCAAUAAUUAUGUGCAUACCUUUAUUGUUCAAUGUUAUAAAUUAAAGAUGUUGAUUAAGCUGAAUAAUUAAACUAGUUGUUAUCAUAAAAGUCAUAAGCUAAUUACACUUAUUUAGUUUUAGAAAUUCUAAAGAAGAAACUUACAGGAGUUUAAUUAUAAGUGCAAAACCUUUUGAUGAAAGUUUUAUCAUAAAUGACAACUGAUGUAGCCAAAGUAAUUCAACUCUUCUAGUAAAUUGAUCCAAGUUUACUCAAAAAUGUUUGGGUAUUUCUUGUAUUUGCUAUAAGUUAAAGUGAUAAACCAAUUUAAAUUACUUAAUUUAAAAUUCUCUCUGGAAUUAUAUUAAAUUAUGUAAGAAAUGGUGGUGUUAAGGAUAAUUAUUUUAAUAUAAUAUAUUAAGAAUGUAGAUGCAGACUUUAAUCAAAACAAUUCUAAAUUUUAUAAUUAGAUUUUGCAUUAGAAUAAGACACAGAAUAAACUGUUACAAAAGCUAUUAAUUUAUUAUUAAAAAAGCCAUCUUUAAAAAUAGCUGUAUUUAUAGAUUAACUAACUGAUAAAUAUAAUAUGCCUUCAUUAGUUUAACCUAUUUUAUCUGUAUUAAAUAAUCUAUUUUCUAAUUAAAGAGUUCAUUCCACUAAUGAAGAAAUGGAACUUAGAAAUUUAAUGAAAAAUAUUUUCAUUAAGGUUUAUAAUUAACCUAUUGCAGAACUACUCUAACUUCUAUAACCUUAUAUUUUAGAUGAAGUUAUACCUGAAAAUCAAGAUAGAAUACCAAUACACAUAAAAACAAGAAUCUUUCUUUUAAAAAGAUUAUAAAAGUUAUUUAAAUAAUGUGAUACUUCAAAUUAAGUAUUUGAUUUCCUUUUUAAAAUUACAACUUCUAUAUAUGAGGAAGCUAAGGAGAUUUCAUUUGAUAUGUUCCAACACUUUUUUUACAAAGAAAAGGAUUUAUUAAAUUUUGCAGCUCAAAUUGAUUCAAUUUUAUGUGAUACAAUUAGAAGAGAAAACCAAAAUCCUCCUUCAGUUAAUUUAACUAAUAUGAAACUUAUAAGCAAAUUUGCUAAAAUAGUAUAAGAUGAAUUUUUGGCUACAAAGCUAAUUUAAUUAUUAUCUAAGCCAUUAUUAAAUGAUGGUAGAAAGAAAUUAGUACCUAGUUAAUUCUUUAGUGAAAAAUCAUAACUAAAUAUUCUAAUAUAAAGAAUAGUUUCAUUGGGAAGUAUUUAUAGAAAAAUACCAAAUUAUUUUGAUUAAUCUCUUGUAGAUUAAUUAAAAUGUUAUGUUGAAGAAUUAUUGGAAGAUAUCUUUGUAAUAUUAUGUACACCAAGAUCUAAUGUAAGAGAAUAUUAAUCAUAUAAUUUUGUAUACAAUGGAAAAAAAUAUAGUUAUGAUCAAGUCUUUCUUCAUUAAUCCUUACCAAAAUUAUUGAGAAUAUCAAAUCUUGAUAAACCAAUCCACUUUACUUUAAUUGGGUACAUUAUUACAUAAUAUGUAUAAUAAUUAUUUAUUGUUUUUAGGGUGCAUUUGAAUAAAAUGAGAAUAUGUUUAAGAAAACUAUAGAAUCCCUUACAAAAGAGAGAAUUUUAUAAACUAGAGUUUAUAGGAUAAAGGGAAUCUAAUUGCUCACUGAAGUUAUUAAUAAAAACCCUUAAAAUCAAUUAUUGAUUAGUGGAAUUCAAUGUUUAUUACCUAUAAUUUCUGCAGAAGCUCCAUAUUCUUUAGUUGUUUGUUAGCAAUUUUAUUAAACUCUAAUUCAUCAUCAAAUUGAUUUAUAAUUAAUAGUUGAACCUAUAAUACAAAUAUAUUAAUUGACAGUUGAUUAGAAUGUAAAAUUAAAUUGCUUAGCAUCUUUAUUAAAAAUAUCUCAACAAAAUAAUUAGACCUUAGAUUAAAUCAAUAUAAUUUUUUGGGAUUUUUUGUUAACAUAAGAUUAUGAUUUUAUGAGAUGCACUUAAUUAAUUUAAUUUUAUAAGGAUAAAAUUUAUAGUAUAAAAUUUAGUGGUUACAUAUAAACAAUAUUAUAAUCGAUAUCUAAUACUCAAAAAAUGAGAUAAGAAGAUUAUUAUUUAUUAUUAAAUUUAGAUGGUUUAAUUAAUAAUAAAUUAGAUAAUUAGGGAUACUAUCUUAUAAUUGACAGUAAGACUAUUUUUUAUUAUUAAAAUAGAGCAUUUUACAAAUUUAUUAUCAAUAUCUUUAUCUUUAAUAAAAUAAAUAAAAUAGAACAUUCAGACCAUUUUAAACUGUAUGCUUCCAGCAAUCUAUCACAAAAUAGUAAAUAAGGAAUCAGAAACUUAUUUAUUUAUAGGAAAGUUUUUAUUGCUUACUUAUUUAUUGAGUAAUUAAAAAUAAUUACUUUUUCAAACUAUCUUUAGGAUGAUGGAUCUUUUCACAGAUGAUACCUUGGAUUCAUCUAUUAUUGAAGCUUCAAAAUAAAAUCUAAAAAUUAUUGUGAUGAAUACUUAAUUGAAUUAAAUGAGAUUACCAGAUGACCUAUCUGAAAAAGUAUAAAUAAUAUAUGAUGAUAUUUAAAGGGAAAUGUAUUUUAAACAUUUAAAUUAAUAGUUAAGAAAAAUAAUAGAGAGAAGCUAAAUAAAGGCAACCUUAGCAAUCAGGUUAAAUAGUACUAAAGAUGUUUGGGUGA